UCCGUCCCGCACGCCUCAAACCGGUUACCGGCCCGGAGCCCUCUCCCGAGCGGUGUGGUACUCGGGGCUCCGACUGUUUCCCCAGGGUCCUUGUGACCCGUUAGUUGCGGGAGUCUCCUGCCCCUUCCCUGGAGUGAGGCCGCGUCCGGCUUCCCGGUGUCCCCGCAGACCCCCGCCAUGGGCAACACGAGCAGCGAGCGGGCCGCGCUGGAGCGGCAGGGUGGCCACAAGACGCCGCGGAGGGACAGCUCCGGGGGCGCCAAGGACGGGGACAGGCCCAAGAUCUUGAUGGACAGCCCCGAGGACGCCGACCUCUUCCACUCCGAGGAAAUCAAGGCUCCAGAGAAGGAAGAAUUCCUGGCUUGGCAGCAUGAUCUGGAAGUGAAUGAUAAAGCCCCUGCCCAGGCUCGGCCAACAGUAUUUCGAUGGACGGGAGGCGGAAAGGAAGUUUACUUAUCCGGGUCCUUCAACAACUGGAGUAAACUUCCCCUCACGAGAAGCCACAAUAACUUUGUAGCCAUCCUGGACCUGCCUGAAGGAGAGCAUCAGUACAAGUUCUUUGUGGAUGGUCAGUGGACACAUGACCCUUCUGAGCCAAUAGUAACCAGCCAGCUUGGCACAGUUAACAACAUCAUUCAAGUGAAGAAAACUGACUUUGAAGUAUUUGAUGCUUUAAUGGUGGAUUCCCAAAAGUGCUCCGAUGUGUCUGAGCUGUCCAGCUCCCCACCAGGACCCUACCAUCAGGAACCCUAUGUCUCAAAACCAGAAGAACGGUUUAAGGCACCACCCAUUCUCCCUCCACAUCUGCUCCAGGUCAUCCUGAACAAGGACACGGGGAUUUCUUGUGAUCCAGCUUUGCUCCCCGAGCCCAACCACGUCAUGUUGAACCACCUUUAUGCACUCUCUAUCAAGGAUGGAGUGAUGGUGCUCAGCGCGACCCACCGGUACAAGAAAAAGUAUGUCACCACCUUGCUAUACAAGCCCAUAUGAAGAGCUGGGAGCCAGCGGUGGGCUCCAGGGAACAGUGUGCACCACCAGGCUCCACGCGUGCAUGCUUUCCACUAGAGGGAACGGACUGUAAAUUUCUCAUUUCACACUCUUUAUAAGACAUUUCAUCCCCACCGUAGUCCUGCUUGAAGGUUUGUUCCAGGCACGGCAGCUCCCAAAGCGCCUCGGUCUAUAACAGUCCUCUUGGCACCCUGCGGCUGUGAGCCUUGGGGCUCACCGAGGCCGAGGACCGUGAGGGAAAGCAGAGGGUCUGCUGCCCCCACACCGCAGUGCAUGAGGACAGGUGCAGUUCUGAACUGGUCGUGGAGAUUCUUCUUCAGCCAGAAAUGAACACUAGCCACUCUGCUGGGAAAAUCUAAGAUGCAGGGUCUGAGGCCACGCAAAAUUUCUAAUCAUAUGGGCAUUUUUAAGACCAUCAGUUUGUCCCUGUUGAGGCCUGGCUGUGGAGGCAACAGCAGGUACCUGUCUUCUGAAAUCAAAGCAGUAGAUGGUCGCCUGUUCUCUGCUCCAGGGAGAUAUAAUUUCUGUAGAAAUUAGAACCUGUCUGAUUUCCAGAUGAAGUUGUACAAUUGUUUCUUCUGCUUUUGUGCACUAAGUAUUUUUGUUUUAAAACCAGAGGUGGCUGAGUCUCUGGCCUUAGGGCAAUUUUUAAAUCACCCCAACUAGAAUAUAGAUCAUGCGAACUGUAUUCAGCAAUAAUCUGUUCUUAGAACAGACUUUGAAAACUGCUGCCGGAUUUCUCCAUUAAGCUGGAUGAUCCUAUGGACUGACCACUGUUAGCUGGAAGGUUGUCCAGCUUUUUACUCUAAUCGCAAUGAGGGGACAGUAUUACCAUGAAAACUUGGGAGGAGCACCCUACCCUAUGCCAACUUGCUCAGGACCUCUGUCUUUACUUAGCAACGAAGGCUGUAGCAGUUGCUGUCGUUUAUUCUGGGAGGAACUUAGAACUUGACAGCAGCCUUCUAAAUUCAUGUCGAGAAGACAUUCUUUGGACCAAAGCAAACCUCUUCACACUCGGCGUGGUUUCCGGGGAGAUGCUGCAGACGUGCCCAUUAGUGCAGGUUCCUGUCCUCAAGUCAGCAGAAGCUAUGGUUCUGCCCUGUGUUCUUGCUGGGAGACGGAGGAACAAGCUCCCUGGUUGCCAGUAUUUAUUUGGUAAACCUGAGUCUGGGAUACCCUUUUUUGUUGUCACUGCUUUCCAAACACUGAAUUAUUGUCACCUUGACGUACAGGUUUCAAUAAAGCUUUGUAAAGAUAACGGGA